AUGAUCAAAUCUGCUCCGGUUCGCGCGUUGAUGUCGUUGUUUCCGCCCGCGGUUGGGCAGCGACUGCAGUCACUCGUAUGGUCGUGUCUUGACUCGGACCUAUCAAAGACUGCGGUUUUCUAUGCUGAACGUUAUUACGCAUUAGACUCGAGUAACGAAGAUGCUCGCCACCUCUAUGCCACCGCUCUUCUCAGACAUGGCCAGCCCCAUUCAGCGCUCCAUCUUGUCAGAGCCCCUCGUGGCCUCCCAUGCACGGGCUGUCUAGAGCUCAAAGCCAAGUGUUGUACGGCGUUGGGUCGCCAUCGACAAGCAAAAGAGGCUUUGGAUGAAUGUCUCCGUGACCAGAGUUCUGCCUCUUCAUCCUCACAAUCUACUCGAACUGCUCGAUCCUUUCCGGAUGAAGCCGCAAUUCGAUGUCGGGCGGGAAACAUGGCGUUGAAAGGGAACCUGCUUGAAGACGCGUCUGUCAAUUUCCGUCAGGCUUUGACAUUAAAUCCGCUUGUUUUUGAGGCUUUCGAGGGGUUAUGCGCUGUUGGUACUGUUCCGGAGAUCGAGGAAAUAUUUCCACCUCGACCUGUUCCUACCAAGCGUGGUCCGUCAGAAGACCCACAACCAAAGCCUGUUGUCCCCGUUGCUUCUGGAGCCGGAUUCUUCACUCCAGAUACUGCCAAUUCAGGAAGCCUAUUCCGCCCACUCCAACCCAUGCCCUUUCGUAUGCCUCCCCUCGGCAACGAAUCCAUCGAAAUAUCAUUCUACCCGCAAGAUACAACUUUCCAACAAGUCCAUCCGCCAGGCCGUCAACAGUCAAACCCCUCCAGACCGCUCUCAUCUGCAGAUGAAGCAGGACCCGUAGCCAAGAAGUUACGAUCAGCCGCGCCUCAACAAGAAUCGAGUAGAACAAACAAGCCGUCAAAGUUGUCGGUUGAUGAACCUCUGAAAAAGGCAGGCUCUCGCCCAGCGCUAAAGCUUUCCUCGCUCUUCUCAUCUUCGGCUCGUUCUUCGCAGCCAUCAACUUCGUCACGAGCUGCCAGUAGCUCAAACAAUCAUGUUGGGACUUCUUCAAGCACGACAACAACUCGACGGAGCGGACGCCCUAACAAUAGCACCUCUUCAAAACCAGGUUAUGUCUCAAAGACGAGUACAAGAGGCCGUCGUCGCCAACCGACCCAGACCACCAAGACCACUGUUGAAUCCGACAUGGAAGACAAUUAUCAAUCACCCUCACCCCCGCCCUUCGCCCAAUCCCCUCGAUCCGAAAAGUCACAAUCUCCAAGUAAUUGGACCGCUGCCCAUGAGCAGGCUGCUCAAGAUGCUUACGAAUGGGAACUUGCAGACCACCAUGUUUAUGAACUUGUUCGUCAAUUCGCCACUGCGACAAGGGCUUUAGCUCUUUAUGAUCCUCCUGGAUGCCUCGCAGAAUUGGAACGACUCCCCAACGAGCAACAGCGCACCCCAUUCGUGCUCGCUAUGGCUGGGAAAGCUCAUUAUGAGCAACUUCAAUACGCAAAUGCUGAGCGUGCUUUCCGUUCCCUUCGGAUGCUGGAACCAUAUCGUCUCAUGGAUAUGGAGGUCUAUUCUACUUUGCUUUGGCAUCUCCAACGCAACGUCGAACUGUCUUUCCUUGCUCAGGAGCUUCUCAGUGUCGACCCCAAGUCUUCACAGGCCUGGAUUGCCAUUGGGAACUUAUUUUCUCUGCAGAAAGAACGAGCGCAAGCUUUAACAUGCUUUCGCCGUGCGGCUCAAUUGGAUCCGUCUUGUGCUUACGCGUACACCCUUAGCGGACACGAGUCGAUUGACGAAAACUUAGAUAGGGCAAUUGCCUACUUCCAGUCAGCGUUAAGGGUUGAUCCCAGGCAUUAUAAUGCAUGGUAUGGACUGGGCACGUGCUAUCUGCGAAUGAGCAAGGUCCGACUGGCCGAGUACCACUAUCGCAAGUCAAUGGCAAUUCAUCCACGUAAUGCCGUGCUAUUGGGUUGUGUGGGCAUGACAGUGGAACGAAGAGGCGAUCGCGAUGCAGCUCUUGCCCUCUUCGAUGAGGCAGUUAGGUUAGCCCCUGAAAACGCGCUGGUGCGGUAUCGGAGAGCCAAAAUCCUUAUCCUGACGAAGAACUACGAUGCGGCGGUUAUGGAUUUGGAGACUUUGCGGAGUACAUCACCAGAAGAGUCGAACGUUGUGUUCCAGCUCGCCAAGGUUUACCGACUCCUGGGAGAUGAGGUCAAGGCUGCACAACUGCUGGCAAUUGCACGCGACAUUUCGCCCAAGAGUCUGUCUAAAAUCAAGAAGUUACUAGACACAGUAAAGGACGAGAGUGCUGAAGAUCGUAUGGACGAAGGUUGA